AUGUCAACCUCUUUUCGUUUACCAUACGGUUACAACGAAGCUCCUCCAUGGCCUUCCCUCUAUUGGCCAUUCAGCUCUGAUUUCGUACCCAUCAACUUGAUUGCCGAUGUCCCCCAUUCACUCUACUACUUGAACGACAUAUGGCGCUAUACUACAAUUUGGUCAGUGCUUUUUGCAACAUUGGUGUAUCUCCCAGCAGGCAUAUGGGCGUUUCUAAUGUUCGCUAAAACACGCACACUACGUUGGUACACGCUUAUGAUGAUCCCAAUCAUUUUUGUUGUUGGUGGGGCUUUGGCAUCAUUUAUGAUAGGAAGCAUCAUGGGAGUCGCAUUAGCAUUUGUAUACAAUGCAGGUUUCUUUGUCAUGUCCACGUGGAUUCCAUUUCUAUGGGCACUCAUUCAAAUCCUCGUUGUCCUUGUUGGCAGUUAUUCCACAAUCACCACCAUUCUCUAG